UAUAUCAGGUCCACACGCCAACAUUAUUAUAUUAUAAACUUUUGCCUUUGUUGACUCAAGAUCUUGACUUAUGUUUAAGUAUCAUCCUUCGGCAACGCAAACGCAGUUGUUGCCAUCUUUUCAGUCUGUGAUCUGAACCACUGCUAUGCCCAUAACGGUGGAUACCUCCAUGACAGCCCACGAAGCCUCCUCUUCGUCCUCCUCCAAGUCCAAACUCUGGAAGUACGACGUAUUCUUGAGCUUCAGGGGCGAGGACACACGCUAUGGCUUCACGAGCCACCUCCACGAGGCAUUAAAAGCCAGAGGUUACCGGGUCUUUAUUGAUGAGGACGAUCUACAAAGAGGGGAAGAAAUAAAAGAACUGUUAAAGGUAAUCGAAGAGUCGAUGAUCUCUAUCAUUAUCUUCUCAAGGAGAUAUGCGGAUUCGAGUUGGUGUCUUGACGAGCUGGUGAAGAUCAUGGAGUGUACAGACGAACUGGGGCGACAUGUUUUACCAAUAUUCUAUCACGUUGAUCCUUCGCAUGUCAGGAAGCAGGACGGAGAUUUAGCCGAAGCAUUUCAGAAGCACGAAAAGGACAUCCGUGAAGAAAAAGAUGACAAGAAACGUGAAGCUAAACAAGAAAGGGUAAGGCAGUGGAGAGAGGCUCUCACAAAGGCUGCAAAUUUGUCUGGCCACCAUCAUAAAAUCGCUAACAAUGGGGGCGAAGCAGAGUUCAUUAAAAAAAUUAUUGAUGAGAAUAUUUGUGAAUGGCUCACCAACACUAACGAAUUACAUGUGGCCAAGCACAUAGUUGGAAUCAAUUCACACGUUCAAGAUAUUAUCAGUUAUCUUUCAAGUGGUGGAUCAAAUGAUGUUCUUAUGGUUGGAAUUUGGGGGAUGGGUGGAUUGGGUAAAACAACAGCUGCCAAAGCCAUUUAUAACCAAAUUCAUCCUCAGUUUGAAUUGAAAAGUUUCCUUGCCGACGUUCGCGAUGCUACAAGUAAACAUGAUCUGGUUGAUGUGCAAAAAAAACUUAUUUCUGACAUCUUGAAAAAGAAGCAUGAAAUAAGCUGUGUUGCCGAAGGUAUAGGUCUGAUAAAACAACAAUUUCGACAUAGAAAGAUACUUGUCAUCGUGGACAACAUUGAUAAAAAGGAACAACUGGAUGCAAUAGUUGGAAGUCAUGAUUGGUUUGGUCCUGGAAGUAGAAUUGUCAUAACGACACGAGAUGAACGUCUACUACUAAAUGUGAACAAAACAUUUCAGGCUAAGAAAAUGAAUGAAGAAGAAGCUCUUGAGCUAUUUAGUUGGCAUGCCUUUAAAAAUAGUUGUCCUAAUCAAGGAUAUCUUGAAGUUUCAGAAAAAUUUGUUUCUUACUGUGGAGGUUUACCACUAGCGCUUGAAGUUUUAGGAUCUCUUUUGAUUAAAAGAUCGUUGGAAGAGUGGGAAAGUCAAUUGGAGAAAUUGGGAAGAUAUCCAGAUGGAAACAUUGUAAAUCGACUCAGAAUAAGCUUUGACGGGCUAGAUCCUUCAGAGAAGGCUAUAUUUCUUGACAUAUCUUGUUUCUUUAUUGGAAUGGACAAGAAUUAUGUCACAAAAGUAUUAGAUGGAUGUGGACUUUUUGCAUCAAUAGGAAUCAGUGUCCUCCGUGAACGAUGCCUUAUAACUGUUGAAGACAACAAGUUGAAUAUGCAUGAUUUGCUGCGAGAAAUGGCCAGAGUAAUCGUUUCUGAAAAAUCUCUUGGUCACCCUGAAAAAUGGAGUAGGUUGUGGAAUCGUCAAGAGGCCGCCGAAGUCUUGAGAAAUAAAUCUGGAACUGAAGAAGUUGAAGGACUUGCUCUAAAUUUCCCUUUUACUCUAAGCUCUAGCAUGCCUAGUUUCAGUACAGAAGCAUUUGCCAAUAUGAAGAAACUGAAAUUCCUUCAUCUCAAAUAUGUUCAGCUCGAGGGAGAAUACAAACGUCUUCCCAAAGAGUUAAUAUGGUUGUGUUGGGAAGGAUGCCCUUUAGAGUCCAUAGCAUAUGACUUUUUUGAUCAACCAAGACUAGUUAUUUUAGAUAUGAAGUAUAGCAAACUGGUACAAGUUUGGGAGGGUUAUAAGUUGCUAGAGAGGUUGAAAAUCCUGAAUCUCAGUCAUUCCCUAUUUUUAAUUAAAUCACCGGACCUUUCACAAGUCCCAAAUCUUGAAGAGUUGAUACUGGAAAAUUGUAGGAGUUUGUCCAAGAUUCACCCCUCCAUUGGUCAACUUCAAAAACUUUCUUUGGUGAACCUUAGCGAAUGCGUUAAGCUUAGUUCUCUUCCAAGGGAUUUCUAUAAGUUGAAAUCUGUUGAGACUCUUCUUCUUAAUAGCUGUUUAGAAUUCAGAGAAGUGCAUGAGGAUUUAGGGGAGAUGAUAUCAUUGAGAAUACUUGAAGCAGAUAAUACAGCCAUAUCACAAAUACCAUCUUCCACAGUUAGAUUGAAGAAUCUCAUUCUUUUAUCCCUAGAUGGUGCGGAAUUAGAACAUGAUGCAAUCCCUCAGGAUCUUGGGAGUCUAAUUUCUUUACAAGUUUUGGAUCUUCAAGGGAAUGAUUUUCAUACCCUACCCAGCCUAAGUGGUCUUACAAAGCUUGAAACAUUGAGUUUAAAUAACUGCUUUAACCUUCGUACAAUCCCUGAUUUACCAACAAAUUUGAAUUUUCUGUAUGCCGAUAAUUGCCAUGCAUUGGAAACAAUGCCCGAUUUUUCGGAAAUGUCAAAGAUGACAGAGUUGAGUGUAAGAGAUUCGCACAAACUCACUGAGAUUCCAGGCUUGGAUAAGUCAUUAAACUUCAUGACAUUGAUUGAUAUGAGGGAUUGCACCAAUCUCACAACUGAUUUUGUGAAGAACAUCCUACAGGGAUGGACUCUGUGCGGAUUUGGUGGCGUUUUACUCUCUGGGAAUUUUGUUCCUGAUUGGUUUGAGUUUGUUAACCAGAGCAGUACAGUCAGUUUUGAUAUUCCCCCGAAUGAUGGUUGUACUUUUGAAGGGUUGACUCUGUGCUUCUUGAUAAAACAUGUACUUGGAGGUAAAUUUGGCAUUACUGUUAUAAAUAAUACCAAGUGUACAAAGUUGCAGGCUUACUUAUGCAGCAUAUAUGGGAAUACGCCUAUACUUUGGCAAGGACAACUAUCGAACGAUAAGCUGAAAUUGCAAAGUGGGGAUAAAGUUGAAGUUCAACUUUCAGUAAAUUCUUGUUUUAGGCCAUCAAUUAGAACAAUGGUUAAUCUAGUGUGGAACAAACCUAUGAAGGAAAAUACGCAUGAUUUGGACCAAGCUAGUUAUGUUUUUGACCAACAUCCAGCUCGGUUCUAUGAGAAGUCAUCUGAUAAUUCUGAGCCAUCUUAUGAUUAUGAUCUCAGCCAUCAUAUUCAGCCUCAAACUCGUUCUGAGAAUCUCUCAGUACUCUUCCAGCCACAGGGUUCGGCAGUCAAUGACAGAGGAGAUCAGAUAGCCGACCCAAUGGAGGAAGAUUUUCUUACGCGCCUUUCUCAGUCUCAUCAUUGGAAGCCACAGGGUUCGGCGGUCACGACAGAGGAGAUCAGAUAUCUGACCCAAUGGACGAAGAUCUUCGUACGUGUCUUUCUUUAUCUAUUCAUCAUUGGAAGCCACAACGUCCGGCAGUCUGUGAUAGAGGAGAUCAGAUAUCCGACCCAAUGGACGAAGAUCCUCUUACGCGCCUCUCUUUGUCUCUUGAUUAUUCAUCAUCUACUUGUUCAGGUAACAUUUAGCCGGACACCUGAGUCUCUUGGCCUUUACCAUUUGGAGAUAGUGAGACUAUGAGAGUUGAAUAGAUUGUAGAGCUGUUCAUGUUAAGAUAAAAAAUCUCCUCCGCAAGACUAAGAAAUGAUGGAUCUUUCAAUAGAAAAUCUCCGAAAUUUUCUCCACUUUCAAACA